UGCCCCAUGCUCAGCACCAUUUGCAAUACCUCAGAUAAUGAAGCAGUCCAUGUGAAAAUGCAACAAGAUUUGGACAGUAUCAAGGCUUCAACUGACAAGUCUCAAGUUACAUGUGCACCACACAAAUGCCAGACAAUGAUCAUUUCUAAUCUUGUCACCACCCCUUGACAUUCAGUGGUGUUACCAUCACUGAAUUCCCCACUAUCAAAAUCCUUGAGAUUACCACUAACCAGAAACUUGACUGGAUUUGCCAUGUGAACACCGUGGCUACAAGAGCAGGUCGGAAGCUAUGUAUUCUCGGGUAAGUAAUUCACCUCCUGACUCCCCAAAGCCUGUCCACCAUCUACCAGACACUAAUCAGGAGUGUGAUGAAAUACUCCCGACUUGCCUGGAUGAGUGCAGCUCCAACAACAAUUAAGAAACUUAAAGAAGCCACCCAGGACAAGGCAACCUGCUUGAUUAAAACCUCGUCCACUUCUUCCAUCACUGACACUCAGUGGCAGCAUUGUGUGUGAUCUUCAAGAUGUACUGAAGAAAUUCACCUUGAAUCUCAACACCUCUCUGGCAUUCAAAACUAACAUUUCAAGAUGUACUGCAGAAAUUCACCAAAAACAGCACCUUCCAAACCCACAAUCACUACCAACUGAACGGUCAAGGACAGCAGAUAGAUGGGAACACCGCCACCUCCGAGUUCUUCUCCAGCUGUUCCUUCACUGUCUCUGGGUCAAAGACCCCAGUAAGAUCCUGACGCACUGUGAAGUCCCGCACGCACAGGACAGGAUCCUGACGCAUUGUGAAACCCCGUGCAUGCCUGGCAGGAACCUGAUGCACUGUGAAAUCCUGUGCACGCCUGGCAGGAUUCUGGUACACCAUGAAACACUAUACAUGCCUGGCAGGAGUCUAGUACACUGUGCAAUCCCCUUCUUAUGAUAUUAAAAAAUAUUUUUGCAUCAUUGUCAUGUUUACUAUAUGGAUAUUCGACCUGUGCACGUUGUUUUGAGUCUGCAGUUGCCCCUUACAGAACAAAUUGUCAGAAACAUUUUAGUCACCUCUCAAGUUUGCUCACAAUCGGGCACUAAUCUAGGAAAAAAUGCCAUGAAAAUAAUGUUCUUGGUGAUGAGGACAUUUUUAUCUCUUUUCACAUUGAUCGUAAAAUAGUUCAUAUAUGCAGGGUGAAAAUUCUUCUGCUCAAAUCGUUAUCCUUUCUUUGGUGCAAUUCAAUGACUUAUGGAAAAAUAUUUUCUAAUUUCCAACAUUGCAUUGUAGAAAACUCGGAAAAAAAUUUAAUCAACAGAAUGGUGCUACAGGUUGAAUGCUUUCUAUUUUAAGAAUAUACUUAGUGAAGCGUGGAGUCAUUUUAUUUUUGACUCAAAUACAUUUAGUUUGAAAGGACAUUGCAUCAACAGAGUUACUUGUUGAAUGCAUGAAACAGCUGAAAAAUCUAUUUAAAGAUUUGUGAACAAUUAUAAAUUCUACUCUAACUCCAUUUAAAAGUUUGCUGAUAACUCCAUCACAGUGGGUUGGAUCUUAAAGAAUGAUGAGGCAGUACAGGAAAGUGACUUUAGUGGCAUGGUGUAAAGACAUUAAACUCGUUCCCCGUAAUAUCAGCAAAUGGAAGCAGCUAGUCAUCAAUUCAGGAAGCAGCAUGGAGGACACGUGCCUGUCUGUAUCAACGGAUGAGGUGAAGAUGAUGAAGAGCUUCAAGUUCCUUGGAGUGAAUAUCACCAACAGUCUUCUGUCCAUCCACGUUGGUGCUAUGGUCAAGAAAGCACGCCAAUGCUUCUACUGCCUCAAAAGGCUUAGGAAAUUUGGCAUGUCCACAAAGACUCUUUUUCCAAUUUUUAUAGAUGCACCAUAGAAACCAUCCUGUAUGGAUGCACAACAGCUUGGUAUGGCAGCUGCUCUGUCCAAGACCGCAAGAAAUUGCGGAGAAUUGUGAACGUAGCCGAGUCCGUCACGAAAACGAGCAUUCCUCCCAUUGACUCCGUCUACAUUUCCCGCUGACUUGGAAAAGCAGCCAACAUAAUCAAAGACCCCUCCCACCCCGUUAUACUCUCUCCCACACUCUUCUGUCGGGCAGACGAUACAAAAGUUUGAAAUCUGACACCAGAUUGAAGAACAGCCUUUUCCUACGGUUAUAGACUUUGGAAUAUUUUAAAGUUAAUCUUUCUCUGCACGUUCUCUGUAGCUGCUUUCUGUUCUGUUAUCCUGAUAUACUUAGGUAAGGUAUGAUUUCCCUGUAUGGCGAACAAAACAGUACUUUUCACUGUACCUUAGUACAUGUGACAGUAAUAAAUCAAAUCCAAAACUAAGGAAUAUCUCAGGGCAGUCAUGUCCCUGUUACAGAGAGAAAUUCCUCUAGCAGCCCACAAAGUGUACAUAUAAAAGCUUGGGAAGACAAUGACGUAGUGAUAUUAUUGCUGGACUAUUAAUCCAGAAAUGCAGGUAAUGCUCUCAAAGCAGCUGAUUUGAAAUAAAUUGAGUUGAAUUCAAGACAUUAGAUUGUUUUCAUUCAAAUUAACUAAUUAAAAGUCUCAUAAUGAAACCAUUACUAAUUGUCAUUAAUUCCCAUUUGGUUCACCAGUGUGUUUCUUUGGGAAUUAUAUUUGCUGUGAUUAAUACUGUAAUGUGUGACUCCAGUCCUACGGCAAUGUAAUUGACUCAUAGUUGCCCCUCUGAAAUGGCCAAGCAAUCUGCUCAUUUUGAUCAUACCACUACAAAGCCUCAAAAAAAGGAAUAACCCAGACAGACCAUCUGGCAUUGAGCUGGAAUCUGAAGCAAGAACAACAAACUUGGACCUGUCAAUGCUGCAAAGCCCUCUUUACCAUCAUCCGCAGGAUCAUUCAAAAUUUGGACAUAGUCAUAACGCAUCAUCACCGUUCCUACAGGGGAAGUAGCACAGUUGAGUACAGUCAGGAGGGAGUUGCCCUAGGAGUCUUCCAAAUUGAUUCCUGACACCAUGAAAUCUCAUGGCAUCAGAUAAAGCAUGGCUGUUCAGAAGAAACACAAGGAGGCUCUUCAGGUACAAACUGAAACACUGCGAGUAGACCCAAUUCUAAUAAAGGAGAAAGUGAAGACUUUCCAGCUGGUUGAUCAAUACACUGAGCUAACGCUCAUUUCUGCUGUUCGAAACUGGACACUUGUAGAGCAUGAACUGCUAGCAAGAGGCCGAGACCAUGACGAGUGGAGAGAAAAACAUCUCCAGAGAGAAGUAGAAAAAAUCCGUAUUGAUCACUUGUUCCAGAGCAGUUUUUCCUGGGUAGGAUUUUUGCUCCAGAAAGUAAGGAACUUAUUUUGGCAAUCCAGUUCAGGGAGUUCAGCAGUGGUGAGUGGAGUCCCAGGGAUUGGGAAAACAACAAUAGUGCAGAAGAUUGUUUAUGACUGGGCCGUUGGCAAAAUAUACCCACACUUUCAAUUUGUUUUCAGCUUUAAAUUCCGGGACUUAAACAGUAUUAACUGCAGGAUUAACCUGAGGAAUCUGAUAUUGGAUCAGUAUUCUUACUUUGGGAAUGUUCUGGGAGAGCUCUGGAAGAACCCAGAGGGUCUGCUGUUUAUAUUCGACGGUUUGGAUGAAUUCAAGGACAGAAUCGAUUUUGCUGACAAUCAGAGAAGCACAAAACCUCAGUCUAUGUGCACAGAUCCUGAAUGCUGGUGUGAAGUGUCUGACAUUGUAUACAGUUUAAUCCAACACAAGCUGCUCCCAGGAUGUUCAGUGUUAGUAACUACUCGUCCCACCGCAUUGCAUUUAUUGGAAAAGGCUGAGAUCAGUGUCUGGGCUGAAAUCAUGGGCUUUGUUGGUGAUGAGCGGAAGGAAUAUUUCAACAAUUGUUUUAAAGAUCAAAAUGUGGCAGCAGCUGUUUUCAGAUAUGUGGAGGAGAAUGAGAUCAUGUACACCAUGUGCUAUAACCCUUCGUACUGCUGGAUCCUUGCCCUGUCACUGGGUCCCUUCUUCACACAAAGAGACAGGAAACAGAAGCACGUUCCCAAGACCAUCACCCAACUAUAUGCCUACUAUAUUUACAACAUUCUGGAAAACCAUGGCCGAGAGAUUGAAAACCCCCGUGAUGUGUUACUGAAGCUUGGUGAGAUGGCCUUCACUGGAAUCUCUGAGAAGAAGAUUGUGUUUACAAAUGAAGACUUGAUCCAGUACAAUCUGCAACCCUCCCAGUUCCUGUCUGGGUUCCUAAUGGAACUAUUGGAAAGAGAUGAUUCUGUUCACAGUGUAGUUUAUACAUUCCCACACCUCACCAUCCAAGAAUUCGUAGCUGCACUUGCACAGUUCCUCACUUCAAAUUCUGGGGACAUGCAAAAACUCCUCAGUGAUGCACACAGAAUGGAAGAUGGGCGGUUUGAGAUAUUUCUUCGUUUUGUUAUUGGUCUUUCUUCUCCUCAGUCAUCCAAGCCUCUGGCAAAGGUUCUUGGUCCAUUUUGUCACAAGAUAAUCUGUCAAGUGAUUGAUUGGGUGAAGGAGAUGGUUGGGGAACAGAUUAGAAACUCAGCAAAUAAACUUGAUCCAAGAAAUCUCUUGAACACAUUGCACUACAUGUUUGAGUCUCAGAAUAAGAAACUGCUGCAGGAAAUUAUGGAAUCUGCAGAAAAACUUACAUUGUGUUAUUUGAGACUGACACCAAUUGACUAUCUGGUCCUGUCUCAUGUCAUUGAAUUCUGUGAUUCAAUAAGAUGCCUUGACAUGCGGAAUUGUUAUAUUCAGUAUGAAGGACUGCAGCGGCUGAAUCCCAUACUCCACAAAUGUCGUGCGUUGAGAUUAAGUUUUAAUGAAUUUGGAGAUUCAGGAGUGAAAUUACUGUCUGCAGCUCUGAGGAAUCCUGACUGUAAAAUAGAAGAACUGAGCCUGGAGGAAAACAACCUGACAGAUUCUUGUGCUGGAGAUCUUGCCUUUGCACUCAACAUGAACAGGUCACUGACUGCGCUGUAUCUGGGUAAUAACAAACUGGGAGAUUCUGGAUUGAAAUUACUGUCUGUAGCUCUGAGGAACCCUGACUGUACAAUACAGAAACUGCACUUGGCUGAUGACGGUCUCUCAGCUUCUUGUGUCGAGGAUCUUGUUUCUGUUCUCAGUACAAACCAGUCACUGACAAGUUUGGACCUGAGUAAUAACGAGCUGAAAGAUUCAGGAGUGAAACCGCUGUCUGUGGCUUUGAGGAACCCAAACAGUAAAGUACGGGAAUUGAUACUGAAAGAAGUUGGUCUCACAACCUCUUGUGCUGAGGAUCUAGCUUCAACUCUCAGUGCAAGCCCAGCACUGACCAUUCUAAACCUGGGUUAUAAUAAACUGGGGGAUUCAGGAGUAAAAGCACUGUCUGAAGCUCUAGGCAAUCCCAACUGUAAAGUACAGAAACUGCGCCUCUCUGAAAAUGGGAUCUCAGCUUCAAGUAUGAAGGAUCUAGCCUGUGCUCUCAGUUCAAACUGUUCACUGAUCGAGUUGGAUCUGAGCCGUAAUAAAUUACGUGAUUCAGGAGUGAAGCUUCUGUCUACAGCUCUGGGGAAGUCAAAAUGCAAAAUUCAGAAACUGCGGCUGGAUGAUAACCGUCUCACAGAUUCUUGUACUGACGAUCUUGCAUCUGCCCUUAAUUCAAACCGGACACUGACAGAGCUGAAUCUGGAGUACAACUCUUUCACUGAUAAAUCAGUCCCUGCACUCUGCCGUAUCAUAAUGAACUGCACUGGUCUAGCUUGGAUCAAACUGUGGGAGAAUAAGUUCAGUUCAAAUGGAAAAAAUCAACUUAAGUCACUCCAGGAUACAAGACGUGGACUCAAUGUGGUGUUGUCAGCAUGUUAAUUAUCCCUGUCACAUGAAUUUUGUUUGAUGAUUCUCUGUCCCUCACCUGUAAUCACCCAGUGCUCAAGGUUGGAAUAAAAACUGAAAGAACUGUGGAUGCUGUAAAUCAGGAACAAACACAAAGUUGCUAGAAAUGCUCACCAGGCCUGGCAGCAUCUGUGAAGGA